AUGGUCCGCAACAAGGCGAUUGUCGCGAAACGGUCAGGAGACAAUUCAACGUCCCAACCAAUGUCCAAGAAAAGAAAAGUUCAGCAACCGCAACAACCGUCAAAAACGGAUGAAGUUGAGACACUGAGAAGCGAACUGAAACAACUCGAAGAUGAACGUCGAAAGAUGGAAGAAUACUUUGCAAAAGAAGUGCGACGAUUGAAGCGAGAAACAAUUCGCCAUGAAAAGGAUGCUGAUCACCACGAAGAACAAUUGCAGAUUACUUUACGAGAUGUUGAAGCAGAAAUAAGAGAAAUGAAGAAGGAGAAUGAAAGAAUGAAACUAGAAGAGAAGGAACAUGAGAGUUUUAUGAAGUUGGUAGAAAAGGCUCGAGAAACGGAUAUCGCUGAUAAAGAAGAUGUGUUGCAAAACGAGGAGAAGAUUUCACAGAUUUACGCUGAAAGAAUAAAUGACCUCAAGCAGAAAAUGAAAAGCACGGAUUUGACGACAGAGGCUGAUGAAAUCGUUGCAGAGAUUGUAUGCGAGAGAUGCCAGAAGGGUUUCAAGAAUGUUGCUAAAGAUGAGAAAUCGCCAAAGAUCCUGCCUUGUGGACAUACAGCGUGCAUGGCCUGCAUCAAGGAACUCUGUGUUGAUGGACACAUUCGAUGUCCGUUUGAUAGGUCUCCUCCUCAAUCGACAAAGGUUGAUGAAAUGGAGGCAAAGAAACCAAAAUAUGAAACGGAGAUAUGCCCUAUCUGCGGUGAUCAAGUAUCCGGAUACCACUAUGGAGUUUUGACUUGUGAAAGUUGCAAGCAUUUCCGAUGUGCUUUGCAAGCCAACUGCCGUGUAGAUCAAUCCUUCCGAAAACGAUGUAAAAGUUGCCGUUUUCAAAAAUGUCUAAUGAUGGGGAUGAAGAUGGAAGCAGUCCGUGAAGAUAAAAAAAGAGGUGGAAAGAAUAAAUUCAACUCAUACUACAUGAUGGAUCGAAAAGAGAGAGUUGCUUUACGUAUGGAGUCACAGCCAGAACCACAUUUCAUGUCAGCUGGAAAUCAAGAUUCUAGAGUUUCAACUGGUCAAAAUGCACAAACUCAAUAUCAUGAUCCAACAAAAAUAACAACGGAAUAUGACGCACAUCUUCAAAGUCUGAGCUCACAUUCAUUGCUUUAUCCCACAUAUUAUCCACUGCCGGAAAUGAUGCCAAUCAUAACUAAUACUCCUUUUCUGGUACCAUAUUCACCAUCCACCAGCACUCCAUCCCCAAUCCUCCCACUUUGCUCAACACCAACCGAAAGGACAGUGAACCAGUUUUUCAGCAGCUCCAUUUGCAAAACUAUGCCAGACGACUCCGUCAUACCACUAAUUCUUUCUAGAAUUGUCAAAAGUGACGCUCACGCGUUUGCAGUUCAAGUUGCUGAUGAAAAUCUGCGAGAGAUUGUCAACUGGGCAAAACAAGAUGAAACCUUCAGCAAGCUCGAGUUGAAUGACCAAAUAAAAUUACUGCAAACGUCCUGGUUGACAAUUCACAUCAUUGAUAUCACGAAUGCAAUGGUGUUGGGCACCCUUCAUCCACAAUACAACAUUGGAAACGGAGAAGAAGUCUCCGUCGGCUUCAUUGCACUUCUUGGUAACCAGAACUUGGUGUCUUCUUGGGAUGAUAUAGUAAUCAGACUAAGGAAUAUUGGAUUCAACAAACACGACUAUUGUGUUUUUCGUUGCUUGGCUCUACUCGAUGAAGGACAUAACGCCACUGUCAAUGCGGGGAGGUUACAAGUACUCCACGCUUGGAGUGAAGUCAGGUCGAACACCGCGUUUUUAGAAAUCUUCGAUCAAAUCAGACACCUAGCCAGCAUCUCAAUUCAAUAUGUUUGGGGACUUCAACACACCCGUCCUUCCGUUUGGGCACUUCUCAAUCCGACUACAUCGGCUGCUCUUGAAUUGGUCAAAGCCAAUGCCACCCGUUCUUCUGGUGGUACAGAAGUCAACUAA